AUGAACCUGAACUUGAAAUUUCUGCUUAAGAGCGAUAGGUCUUUAAGACUGUUUCAUCCUAAAGCAGCUGAAGCCAGGCACUGUUACCGAGGGAAGACCGAAGAGGCAACACGCUGUCGCGGAGCAGGGCCUGGGCGGCGGCAGCCGUUGGGCGCCUUCUCGCGAGGCUUCGGCGGCGGGGAGGGGCGGGGCGCUGCCGCCGCCGCCGCCGCCGUGGAGGCGCCGCGGGGCGCGCCCCUGGGGCUGGGCACUGUGCUGGUGACGACGGACUGGUCUGAGCCCUGGCUGGUGGGGCUGGCGGUUUUCCACGUCCUCUGCUUCCUCCUGACGUGCUUCUCUCUGCAGCACUAUCGGGUGCAAAUAGGGCACUUCCUUUGCGUGGUAGGUUUAGUUUACUGUGCUGAAUAUAUAAAUGAAUUAGCAGCUAUGAAUUGGAGGCUAUUUUCUAAAUACCAAUACUUUGAUUCAAGAGGAAUGUUUAUUUCACUAGUCUUUUCAGCACCACUUCUGGUGAAUACUAUCAUAAUUGUGGUCACCUGGGUUUACAGAACUUUGAAUGUAAUGACUGAACUGAAGACACUACAGCAGAGAAUUAAAGCAGAGAAAAAGAAGAAUUGAAAGUGUUGAAUAUUUUUAUUAUUAUUUGUAAAAAUACUGUUUCAUGUAAUGAGUCCUUCUUGUAUGUUUAUCCAAGAACAGCAAUGUUUUUUUGUGUCUGAUGUUGAGAGGACUUUGCACCCUUUGGCCAUGGACAAUGAGGUGAAAGCAGGGGUUCACAAUACAUCUCAACUUUGCUAUGAAAUCAGGACAGGCUGGUCUUAACAGGUCUUUCUGUGCUUUAGUAUAAGCUAUUUUUACCGUGACCAAGACAAUUAACACUGAUAACGGUACAAACUUCCAGUCAGUUUUCAUACACCUGUGUAUUUUUUUUAACUGUGUGUUAAAUACGUAUUUAUUAAGUAUCCAGUCUUCUACUUACGCCAAUUGAAGCUGUGCUAUGGAUUCUAGUAAAUGAGGGCUAAUAUUCAGAACACUUCAAGAACUCAUGCUUCUACAGAACAUUUUACUUUGUAGAUCAAGUUUCAUAUCUCAUGUAUGUAUUGUGUGGCAGUGAACAAUUCUGAUACAGGACCAUUUUAUAAAUAAAAUUAUCCAUUGUAUCUUGAAUACAGAUUGUUGGAUUGCAGUUGAUAUUUUUAAUUGUUUUUUUUUUUUUCCUUUUCUUUCUCAUACAAAUUGCUGGUUUGGUAAAAUCUUGUACUUAAUUUGUGUAAGUCAGUCAAAACCAUCUCUAAAUUGUUUCAAUUUAUAUUUUACACUUUAAUGCAGUUAGAUAAAUAUCCUUUCUUAAAUAUGAAUGAAAUUUUUAUAGUGUCUUUUGCUAGUUUGUGGAACAGAAGGGAAGGGGAGAAGCUUUAAGGUGUUCUACAAAAUUCUGUUCAUAUGUAUAUACACAUGUAUAAAAUGUUUGACUUUUUAAUAAAGAACUGGAAAUGACAAAUUGA